AUGAACAAAAAAUGUAGAAAAGCAAUUUUGGGGAAAAACAAGGGCCCCAAACAAGCCCAACUAUCAGCCAACGAGAUCACCCUGCCGCCUCGCUCGAAUACCCGCACCCAUCAAGAUCCGCAAAACAGAAGGAUGACGGUCCUGAACGUGACGGAAGAUGAGAUCAACGAGCUGCACUCGACGCUCACCAACCGAACAGGCACGGUCCCACUCGCCUCGAGAUUCCGAGCAUUAUUCACACUCAAGGCCAUCGGCUCGACGCCAGCUGUCAGGGCUAUUGGAGACGCCUUGAGACCGCCCAAAGAUCUACCUCAAGCUCUCCUUGGCCACGAACUGGCUUACUGUCUCGGCCAGAUUGCUGAUCCCACUGCCCUGCCCGUACUCGAAGCUACUCUCAGGGAUACUUCUGUUCAUCCAAUGGUCCGCCAUGAGGCGGCCGAGGCAAUGGGAGCCAUUGGAGAUCCGGUUUCAUUGGGCAUCUUGCGGGAGUUUCUGAAGGAUGAAGAAGUAUCAGUUCGAGAGACGUGCGAGCUAGCGAUUGAGAAGAUUGAAGGGAAUGGGGAAGCUAAGGCGAAUGAGGCGGGGGUGUAUGGGACGAUUGACCCGGCGCCCUCGAUGAUCAAGAGUUUCCACCAGACCUCGGGGAAGGACCUUGGACGGAACGAGUUGCUCAAGAUGAAGGUCCAACUUCUCGACCCACAGAAGACUCUCUUUGAGCGUUAUCGGGCUAUGUUCGGUCUCCGGGACGCCAUCCGUAGAGCCUCUGAAACCGAUGAACUCGACCAGAUCGCCAUCGAGGCCCUUGCUAGUGGAUUUUCUGACUCUAGCGCCCUGUUCCGUCACGAAAUUGCCUACGUUUUUGGGCAACUCUCUCACCCAUUAUCAGUCCCCGCCCUGAUCAAAGUCCUAGAAAAUAAACAGGAGGAUGAGAUGGUACGACACGAAGCGGCCGAAGCACUGGGCUCGAUCGCAACGCCAGAAGUAUUAACGACCCUGGAAGCCCAUGCAUCGGCGGACGAACAGAGUCGGGUAGUCCGUGAAAGCUGCGAAGUUGCUCUCGACAUGUACAAACACGAACAUUCCCAAGAGUUCCAAUACACUUUGCCCUUGAAAUCCGUCUGA